GCUCUCCAAAUUUCUUGCAUCAUUAAGACUUUCUCUAAACUAAAUGGCCUAUAAAUUUCCCAUCUUCCUUCACUUAAGAAACAAGCAACACCUUCCCAAAAUCUAUCAACGAGAGAUGGAUAAAAAGCAACUUAAUUUCAUUUCCUUCUCCCAAUAUAUCGUCUUUGUCAUUGUUCUUGCAGCGACCGCGGCUAGAUCUGAUGAUGAAACACCAAUCCCAGCAAGUCUAGAUGGAGUACAAGCAUGGUUUGAUGCUAAUGUCAAGCCCCUUGCUGAUCGUGCUGGCACCUUAGAGAAAGCUCUCGAAGCAGCGGAAGCUAAACCUAAAACCAUUAAGGUUAGAGCAGAUGGAAGCGGAGAAUUCAAGACAUUAACUGAAGCAGUUAAGAGUGUUCCAAAAAAAAAUACAGAGCGUGUUAUUGUGGAUAUCGGUCCCGGAAAAUACACUGAGAAAGUAACCAUUGAAAAAGACCAACCUUUCAUUACGUUUGUCGGGACAGGAGCUGAAAAGCCAACCUUGUCAUUUGCUGGUACUGCUGCUAAAUACGGAACUGUUUACAGUGCCACAUUACAAGUGGAUUCUGAUUUUUUCAUGGCGUCUAACUUAAUCAUUGAGAAUACUGCACCUAGGCCGGAUGGUGUAAGCAAACUACAACAAGCUCUUGCUUUAAGGAUAGGCGGUACUAUGGCAGCUGUAUACAAUGUUAAAAUGAUUGGAUUUCAAGAUACACUGUGUGAUGAUAGGGGAGUUCAUUUCUACAAAGACUGCUAUAUCGAAGGCACCGUUGAUUUUAUUUUUGGAAGAGGAAAAUCCAUUUACCUACAAACAGAGAUACAUGUAUUAGCAGAUGUUCCUAAUCAACUAACGUUUAUAGCAGCACAAGCGAGAGAAAAAGAUUCGGAAGAUGUGGGCUACUCUUUUGUACAUUGUAAAGUAGAUGGAAAAGGAAAAGGAGCAUUCUUGGGUCGACCAUGGAUGCCAAUGCCCAUCACAGUCUACUCUUAUUGUACUAUGAGUGCGGUUGUCAAUCCUGAAGGGUGGACUAAUAAUAGGAACCCUGAAUCAGAAAAGAAUGUAUUUUUUGGAGAAUACAAGAAUACAGGACCAGGUGCUGAUCCUGCUGGACGUGUUAAAUUUGCCAAACAGCUAACAGAAGCAGAAGCGAAACCCUUCCUUAGUCUUGGUUAUAUUAAAGGAAGCAAUCUAUGGGACGAUGACGAAGGUUCCCAAGAAACAGACCGAGCUGCUGAAUCUAGUUGCAAAAUUGUUGAAUCAGCCAUUGUCCAAACAACACUUGUUGAAGCUCCUGCCAUCAAAGAGACAGCAAUACAUACUGCUGAUGCUGAAAAUAUUGCAGCACCUGCUGUAAAAGAUUCAGACUCUGCUGCUGUCCAAAAAUCAGCAGCUACUGAAAUUGCCCCAACCAAGCCUGAACCUGCUGAAACUUCCACAAUUACACCAGAAAUUGCUGAACCCACUGCUGUCCAUAAAUCAACAAUUGCAGAAAUUGCCCCAACUGAACCUGAAGUUACUGCACUUGCUGAAUCAACAACAUACAUCACAGUACCAGCAUUUGCCAAAGCACAGUUUGCAACCCCAGCAUCUGUCCAAAAACCAGCAACUGCUGUGGAGGACAGCCAAGAAGAUGAAAGAAGCCAAGUAGAGCUGAAAUGGACAGCAAUGAACUGCUGCAUGCAGAGGACAGAUUAUUGUUUGCCCAAACAGCCUGGGCAAACAAGCAGACAAGAGGCAGAACAGGCAGAUUACUAUUUGCCCAAACAGCCAGCAAAGGUAGAACAGGCAAGCCUUUGUUUGCCCAAACAGGUUCAGCAACCAACUAAGACAGAAUGCAUACUGGCCAAGUCAAUCCAGCAAGAAGAACUCUGUUUGCCCAAACCAGUUGGGCAAACAGCUCUAGUAGAACACUGUUCACCUGAAAAACCAGCAGAGGAAAAGAAGGUAGAAUCUUGUUUGCCCGAACAGCAGCCAGCAAAGGAGCAUGAGGAAAGUUGCUGUUUGCCCAAACAGCAGGGAGAAGGAGAAUCCAGCUUUUUCGAACAGUAA